AUGGCCCCGAGCGCGUCGAUGCUGUUCCUGAGCUACCACCAGCUCCACCACGGCCCCGCCGACGCGCCACACGGCAAGGACGGCGCCGGCGCCGGCACCGGCGGCUUCAGGUUCGGCCUUGGCAAUGUCUUCUUCUCCCUCGGCGUCCUGGCGCCGAAGCGGCGGGAUGCGGCGGGGCACGAAGGGAAGGAGAGGCCGCGUCGGGCCGGCGGCGAGGAGGAGGAGGAGGAUGAGCCCGCCACGCUGGCGAGCAAGUUCGACGAGGCCGGGGACAUGGUUUACAGCUGUGGGCUGGCCACCAGUGCUGAAUCCGGCGGACAGCAGAGGAUUCGGCCCACAGCUCUAACUGGGCCCGUGGGCCACCAGAAAUUCUCCCCCAAACUUUACUUAACCCCCUGCCCAACCGCGAAAAAAAGAACUCGACACCCCCAAGGCCUCACCCAACCUCUGCCACUGCCGCUUCCCCCGGCGUUCGUUGCCCCCUCCGACCAGCCGGCGCACCCCGCACUGCACGCCAUGAAGGCUGUAAGGAAUGAGAGUGAUUUACAGUGUGUAAAUGUCCCACCAAAGUUUCGUACCAUGAACUCGUUUUGGAAGUACUACUCUGGGCAAGCAGUUGCCCCAUACCCAACUAUCUUCAUCGGCGGGAAUCAUGAAGCAGCCAAUUAUUUGUGGGAACUGUACUAUGGAGGAUGGGCAGCACCUAACAUCUACUUCUUGGGGUUUGCUGGACACCAUGAGAGGCCUCCAUACGAUAAUGCUACUAUACGAUCAGUGUACCAUGUAAGGCAUUACGAUGUUCUCAAGCUAAUGCAUGUGAAGGAGCCUCUAGAUAUAUUCAUGUCACAUGACUGGCCUCUUGGCAUUACUGAAUAUGGAAACCGGGAGAGGCUCCUUCGAGAGAAACCGUUCUUCAAAGAAGAGGUCAACGAGAGAACAUUAGGCAGUGAAUCUGCAGCAAAAUUACUGAACAAAUUAAAACCACCGUACUGGUUUUCAGCUCAUCUUCAUUGUAGAUUUCCAGCUAUCAUUCAACAUGGUGAGGAUGGACCUACGACUAAGUUUCUUGCUCUUGAUAAGUGCCUUCCCGGGCGGAAUUUUUUGCAGGUAAUAGACAUUCCAUCCAAUCCGGGACCAUAUGAAAUUCAGUAUGAUGAAGAAUGGCUUGCAAUAACACGGAGAUUCAAUAGUGCUUUCCCCUUAACUCGGAUGCCGUGUACAAUUCGGAAUGAAGAACUUGAUAUUGAAGAUGACCGGCAGUGGGUUAGGAGCAAGUUGAAUGCUAGAGGGGCUAAGACAUUUGAUUUUGUCCAGACUGCUCCACCUUAUGAUCCGUCCAGACCAGUUUAUAAUCCCCCCAUAGCAGUUCCUUGCAGAAACCCACAAACUGAAUCAUUUCUCCAGUUUUUAGAACUCCCAUAUCUGCUGGACUCGUCUAAUCCUGGCGGUGCUGAUAUAAACGUAUCGAGCUCUCAGGCAGCACCUGCACUUGACAACGACGACAUAGAGCUCCCCGAUGAAGUUGAAGACGACGAAGAUGAUGAGGAGUGA